CCUGAUGGCAAAGUUCCUGAAAGUUUAGUACACCAUUUUUUAAGCCUUGGCCCGGUCAGGGAAAGCAAUCCAAGUAACGGAGUUACUGGUAGUACAUAUAACAGCAAUCUUGGACAGAGAGAUCCGGAACGUCCAGUUAUAUGUGCAUUUAAUUUUCCCGCUGUCGUUUUGACUUUGGGAGAAAGCAGUUGGGAUGAUUUGAAAGAUACAUAUAUUCCUUUGACUCGAGAUAUGCAGAUUAAAGUACGGAGAACUUUGGCUUGUUCGCUUCACGAGAUAGCGAAAGUCAUUGGUCCAACGAAGACAGAAAAUGAUUUACUUAAUGUUUUUACGUAUUACUUGGAUGACAUUGAUGAGGUUAAAUCUGGGCUUAUAGUGCACCUUGCAGCGUUUAUCGAAUGCUUACCACAGUCUACUCGCAACAAUUAUUUGCCAUCGUUGAAUGAUGUUUGGGAUGGAGUUAAAAAUCAUUGGCGAUUAAGAGAUGAGAUCACAAAGCAAAUACCUGCAUUAUGUCGAUUAUUUGAUGAACAAUGCGUAUUAAAUCAUAUAUUACCGCUGACAAUACGAGCAGUUAAAGAUGAAGUAGCUAGUGUUAGAAAAACUGCAGUUGCUAGUUUUCCGGCUCUUUUUGAAGUUAUACGUAAUGAUGAAUCAUGCUUUCACGAUAUGAUAAAUCGAGUGUGUAGUUUUGUUUCUGACUCCGGAUUUCGAGGCAGAGUAGUUUAUGUACAAAUAUGUAGCGCACUUAUUUCUACUGAAUAUUCUAAAACUGACUUUGAGAAGUAUUUUUUACAUGGUUUGGAAAAACUUUCGUCAGAUAGUGUGGUGAAUGUCAGAAUUGCACUAGGGAGACUUGUUGGAGAACUUUGUCAACUAGAGCAAUAUUACCAAGAUCCGACAACUCGCCCUUCUCAAAUAAUUUAUUUAAUAAAUAAACUUGCUGAAGAUUCGGAUGUCGAUGUGCGUAGUUUUGUGUUCCCACUUUUAUCGCCCGAAGAAAGAUCGAAAUUUAUAUCAUCUACCAUACAAGCGAUGGCCGAAAGUGUUGAAAAUGGUAUGUUGCACAUUAACGAGGAAAGUAAUCAGUUAGAGGUCGUCAGGCCAAAGUCACAAGGGUCUAUUGAGACAACUCCUUUAAAUACAAGUUUAAGUGACAUAUCAAAUUCAACAGAAAUGAAUAAUGAAUUGCAAGUUGUUGAAAAUGGCCACGAUAGUUCGCGGGUAAUAAUGGGGGAGAUUCCAAUUGCUUUCAUAAGACCUAACAAUGUGAUCGAUAAGGCCGAGUUAGUUAAAGCUUCUCCAAAAAUUCUCAAAUUACAUAAAGGAAAGCCACCAAAAUAUCCACAACUAGAAAAUGUCUUGUUUAAUUGGAUUAUUGAACGACGCCAAAACCAAUAUCCUAUUACAUGCUCAUUAGUAGUAACCAAGGCAUCCUCAUUUGCUAAAACAGAUGAGUUUAGAACUAAUCAAAAAGAGGAAUUACUUGAAGAAAACAUUUACGAAAAAAACAUUUACGAAGAAGACUUACUUGAGUAUAAAAAUGACUGGACUGAAGAAAUUGAAGAUCACAGUAGUGCAAGUUUUGAUCAGGGUGAACUUGAGCCUGCUAGUAAUAAUAGUGAAAUCGAAUAG